ACAAAAUACAAGAGUAUUGCAGUUUAUUGCAGAAUUCCUCCAGACCUGAGAAAAAGGAGGCUACAGGAGAUGGUCAGAGACUGUAGACAUACUAGAAGAGAUGGUCAGAGACUGCAGUCAUGAUACAGGAGAUGGUCAGAGGCUGCAGGCAUACUACAAGAGUUGGUCAGAGACUGCAGGCAUACUACAGGAGAUAGUCAAAGACUGCAGGCAUACUACAGGAGAUGGUCAGAGACUGCAGGCAUAAUACAGGGGUUGGUCAGAGACUGCAGACAUACUACAGGAGAUGGUCAGAGACUG